AACGUGUUCAAAACGAGAAGGAUCGGCCAAUAUAUUCAUCCUGGCGGUAUAUAAGACUGGUUUGCGGCUCAAACCUAAUCACCAGGUUUCCAACGAACCACCAUAACCUACCAAACCGCUCUUGCGCGUUAAAUUUUGACGAUCGCCAAACAGUAUCGACAUGAAAUACUUUAAUCCUCUCAUCCUCUUCUCCGCUCUCGCCCUUGCCCCAUCUGCAUUGGCGGGUCCUUUUACCUACGGAGUUUGUCAAACGGGGUGUAACGUUGUGGCUGUCGCAUGCUACGCCGCGGCCGGAUUUACGUUUGGUACCGUAGCAGCUGCGGGGGCCCCUGCGGUCAUUGUUGCGUGCAACAGUGCCCUCGGAACCUGCUCUGCGGGUUGUGCAGCACUUCUCGUCACUCCCACUCCCUGAAUCAUGCAUGUCUCGACCAUCUGAUGGAACAUGUCUGUUGGAGCCAAUAUGUACUUCUCAUCCUGUCGAUAAUUCACUGUAUCUUUGGCCGUUUCACGUUGUACGAUCCCAUGUUGUCUGUGAAACUGUCG